GGGGAGUCUGUGCCUUAACUCUUGCUGUAUCUCUUUGGCUCCCGGUGGAUUCCCUGCCUGGACUCCGGUGGGACAGGACGGGCUUGCCCGGCAGAACUUGCCAGGUGCAGAGCCAUGACAAGAGCUGCAGCUAAGGAGGCAGGGCCCAAUGGGGCCGUUGCAGCUCCCGAAGAGAUAAAAAAGGAGCAAAUGGAAGAGCGAGGCCAGUGGAGCAGCAAAAUGGAGUUUGUGCUGUCUGUGGCCGGGGAGAUCAUUGGUCUGGGCAACGUGUGGAGGUUCCCCUACCUCUGCUACAAGAACGGCGGUGGAGCCUUCCUCAUCCCCUACCUCAUCUUCCUCUUCACCUGUGGGAUCCCCCUGUUCCUCCUGGAGACAGCGCUGGGGCAGUACACCAGCCAGGGAGGGGUCACUGCCUGGAGGAAGAUCUGUCCCAUCUUUGAAGGACUUGGAUAUUCCGCACAAGUCAUUGAGUCCUAUCUGAACAUCUACUAUAUCAUCAUCCUGUCCUGGGCACUCUUCUACCUGUUCAGCUCCUUCACCGCAGUGCUGCCAUGGGCCAGCUGCAAUAACCCCUGGAACUCAGAUCUCUGUGUGGACUUUCUGAAUAAAUCCAGCUUGGACAACAGGACCAUGCCUGCGAACGCCACCUCCCCAGUGGUUGAGUUUUGGGAGAAGCGAGUCCUGGGGCUCACGGAUGGUAUUCACAAACUGGGCACUGUGCGCUGGGAGCUGGCUCUGUGUCUCCUGCUGGCGUGGAUCAUCUGCUACUUCUGCAUCUGGAAAGGGGUCAAGUCCACAGGCAAAGUCGUGUACUUCACCGCCACCUUCCCGUACGUGAUGCUCAUCAUCCUGCUGGUGCGGGGAGUCACGCUGCCGGGCGCCGCUGAGGGGAUCAUCUUCUACCUGAAGCCGGACAUCUCCAGGCUGGCAGACCCGCAGGUCUGGAUGGAUGCAGGCACUCAGAUCCUCUUCUCCUAUGCCAUUUGCCAGGGGUGCCUCACAGCUCUGGGCAGCUACAACAAAUAUACCAACAACUGCUACAGGGACUGCUUCAUGCUCUGCUUCCUGAACAGUGCCACCAGCUUCGUGGCUGGCUUUGCCAUUUUCUCUGUGCUGGGCUUCAUGGCUCGAGAGCAGGGUGUGCCCAUUGCAGAAGUGGCUGAAUCAGGUCCUGGGCUGGCUUUCAUAGCAUACCCCACAGCAGUAACAAUGAUGCCUGUGUCUCAGCUCUGGUCCUGCCUCUUCUUCCUCAUGUUGAUCUUCUUGGGACUGGACAGCCAGUUCGUCUGUGUGGAAAGCAUGGUGACAGCUCUUAUUGACAUGUUCCCGACCGUGUUUCGGAAGAAGGGGCGUCGGGAGCUGCUGAUCCUAGCCAUCGCGGUCAUUUGCUACCUGCUGGGCCUACUGCUGGUCACUGAGGGUGGGAUGUAUAUCUUCCAGCUCUUUGAUUACUAUGCUGCCAGUGGCACGUGCCUGCUCUUUGUGGCCAUUUUUGAAGUCAUCUGUGUAGGAUGGGUGUACGGAGCCAACCGCUUCUACGACAACAUUGAGGACAUGAUUGGUUUCCGGCCAUGGCCCUUGAUCAAGAUAUGCUGGCUGGUGAUCACCCCGGGCCUGUGCUUGGCUGUCUUCCUGUUCUCCCUGAUCAAGUACACACCCUUGAAGUACAACAACACCUACGUGUACCCAACCUGGGGCUACGUGCUGGGCUGGAUGAUGGCACUCUCCUCCAUGGUCUGCAUUCCUCUCUAUGCCAUCUUCAUCCUCCUGAGAACCAAGGGACCUCUGAAGCAGCGGCUCGUGCAGCUGAUUUCCCCGGCGGAGGACCUGCCGCAGGUGAAGAAGCACACGGCGGGCCUGUCCGAACCAGAGCGCAAGGAGCAGUCCCCUCCAGUCCGGGAGGUGCUCAGCAUCACAGAGAGAGAAACGCACUUCUGAGGCACUGGGGAUGUCGUCUUCAUUCUUCGGAUUGAUUCGCUCUCUCCUUCCUGAAGUGGUUUCUUUUCUCUCCUGGGCUCUUCCCUUCUCUCCUUCACGUCUGAGACACCGGGGACAUCUCUCCUUCCAGCUUCAGGACACCCCACGGACAACUCUCCCUGCCGGAAGCGGGGCAAGGAGCAACAUGCUUUUGUCAGAGGUGUCCUCCAGUACUGACACUGUCCGAGGGGGAAAUAAAUGUAAAAAAAGCAAUAUAUUAACAAAAAAAAAAGGAAAGAAAAAAAAAGGGCAGUGAUUUUGGGAGGAGGAAAGGAAACCACAGUGGUGAGAGAGAGCAGAGAAUAAAGGCAUGCAGGAGCAAAGUUAGGGAUGCAAAGGCAAAAAACGAUGGGGCGUUAGCACAGGAAAUAAGUGAGUGGGCUCAGAAGUACAUAAGCGUGAGGAUGACAAAGGAAAGUGUAUUGCUAGGUCACCUACAUACGAGGGAGAGGGAACCAGUAAUGUAUCACAGGCAAUGAUGAAAGGAGGCUGCAGUGUGAGCAGUUACAGCUUUGUCUCUUGCUGAAAGGGACGAGUGACAGGGCAGUGGAUGCAACCACAGUUACUGGUGAUGGAUCUCAUGGCAAGCACACAGUGGAAAGGGGGUGAGGGAUAGCUAU